GCAGAGUAUCUGCUUUGUAACCGCAUGAGACAUGUUAUUUGUUCACGGGCUUCUGUCUCAAAACGACACCACAUCCCACCGUUUCACCUUCACCCCCUUCUUUCUUCUUCUUCUUCCUCUUUCCGCCAUAACCAAAACCUAGAGAGAGAAACCCUCCAUUUCUAGAGAGAGAAACACUCAAAUUCACCCUUCCUACUUCCUCCUCACUCUCUUCAACUGUUGUUAAUCUCAAUUUCAAUCUUAUUCACCGCCAUGAAUGUUCAGAUCUACACCACAUUGGGGAUCUUAUUUCUCAUCGCCAUUAACGCUAAUUCAAGCUCUCCACAGAUCAAUUCAAACUCAGUACUUGUAGCUUUACUUGAUUCACACUACACCGAGUUAUCCGAACUUAUCGAAAAAGCUCUACUGCUACAAACCCUAGAACAAGCAGUCUCUCAUCACAACAUCACCAUUUUCGCACCGGAUAACGAAGCUCUAACCCUACAUUUAGAUCCACAAUUCAAACGCUUCUUAUUCGAACCCGGAAACCUCAAAUCGUUACAGAAUCUGUUACUCUUUCACGUCAUUCCGUACCGGGUCGGGUCAGACGAUUGGCCCGAGGAUUCCGGUUCCGGAUCCGGAGCUCAUUUUCAAACACUGUUGACGGAGGAACAAUUACAGUUGCUGACGUCAUCGGGUCGGAAGGUUAUAAACGGGUUAGGGUUUGUGACCCGACCCGAUGACGUCACCAGGCACGACGGGUUGAUCCAUGGGAUUGAGAAGCUGUUAGUCCCCCGGUCCGUACAAGAAGACUUUAACCGGAGAAGAAGUUUGACUUCAAUUUCAGCGGUUCAACCGGAAGGAGCUCCGGUUGUGGAUCCGAGAACCAACCGGUUGAAAAACAAAAAACAGGUUACUGAACCACCAGCCGGUUCACCACCGGAACUACCGGUUUACGACGCGAUGGCUCCGGGUCCGGGUCUAGCUCCGGCGCCGGCACCGGGGCCCGGUGGGCCACGUCAUCACUUUGACGGAGAGAGUCAGGUGAAGGACUUUAUUCAAACGUUGUUACAUUACGGUGGGUAUAAUGAGCUAGCGGAUAUAUUGGUGAACUUAACGGCGUUAGCGACGGAGAUGGGGAAGUUGGUGUCAGAGGGUUAUGUGUUAACGGUGUUGGCGCCGAAUGAUGAAGCCAUGGCUAAGUUAACGGCUGAGCGGCUCGGUGAAGCCGGAGCGGCGGAGAGUAUAGUUUAUUAUCAUUUGAUACCGGAGUAUCAGACGGAAGAGAGUAUGUAUAAUUCGGUGCGGCGGUUUGGGAAGGUGGAGUAUGAUACAUUGCGGGUGGGGCGUAAGGUGGUGGCGGAGGAGGCAGAUGGGUCGGUUAAGUUCGGGUCGGGUGAGGAGUCGGGGUAUUUGUUUGACCCGGAUAUUUAUACGGAUGGGCGGAUAUCGGUGCAGGGGAUUGAUGGGGUUUUGUUUCCGAAAGAGGAGGAGGAGAGGGAGGCGGUGAAGGCGCGGCCGGGGCCGCCUGUGGCAGAGGUGAAAGUUGUGGCUGAACAAAGGAGAGGGAAAUUACUGGAAGUGACAUGUUCGAUUCUUGGAGCAUUUGGACAACAUUCUCAAUUUACAAGCUGUCAUUGAUAUAUAAAUAUAUUUUAUUUAUAAAACUGCUAGAAAAUGCUUAAAAAAAGGAAAAAAGAACGGCCACAGAGCUGCAGACUCAAAGGUAUAGCAGGCAGAUAAAGAAAUGUUAAGCUGAUGGGCUCUGCAGUUUGCAUUCAUUUUUGUUGAUUUUUUUUGGGUGUUGUUACUAUGAGUGAUGUAAUUACUACUAGUCCAAGUGAGGUUUAUUGGAACAAAAUAUUAUUAUGCAAAUACAUAAAUCAUUUUGUGCGACUGGUCGACUAAAUUUGUGACGAUCAUAGUCGCUUUCUCGUUAAAACAUCCGUUCAACGCGUAGGAUAUCUGUCUGUUCAUUUGUUUUUCAGGCCUAGCUGACACUGGUACUGUAAUUGUGACUAAAUUCAUUAUAUUUAGAUGCACAUCUGAAUUUCUUUUCA